GAUCUCUUUCCCACUUCACAACAAUACCAUUACAUUGCAUAGAAUUCUACGUAUCGAUACCGGAAAAUCCGCAUCUCAUACCUAGAGUAUUGAUAAUUUAAUAAUACUCUCACAAUACUUAACAACGCGCUGUAUUCAUUAGCGCAUCAAAAACCAUCGUAUCAGAACCAAAUUCACACCUUUCUGGAAUUUUGUCCCGUUGUUCAAUCGCACAUUUGAACACUCAAAAUGGCACCUCAAGACAGCUUCAUCGAUGAAGAUGAUGAUACCUGCCCACUUUGCGUUGAAGAAUUCGAUCUUUCCGACAAGAACUUUCAACCAUGUCCUUGCGGCUACCAGAUAUGUCAGUUCUGCUACAAUAAUAUCAAGAACAAUAUCAACGGUCUCUGUCCUGCCUGUCGAAGAGCUUAUGACGAGAAGACAAUAAAAUGGAAAGUUGUAACGCCUGAAGAAGUCGCUCAAUUUAAGGCCAAUGUCCAAAAGAACGCCAAAAAGAAAGCCGAAAUAAGACAAAAAGAAGCACAAAAACGAGAAGUGGAAAGUCUAAAUCGAAAGCAUCUAGCGGGUUUACGAGUUGUACAGAAAAACUUGGUAUAUGUCAACGGUCUAAGUCCCAGUAUACGAGAGGAUGAGCUCCUCCAAACCUUACGCGGCGAGAAAUACUUUGGCCAGUAUGGAAAGAUCCUCAAGAUCGUGGUCAGCAAAUCCAAACAGAACGACUCAGGUCAGAAUUUUGGAGUUUAUGUUACGUUUGCUUCGAAGCUGGAUGCCGAGCGGUGCAUAACAGCUGUCAACGGUUCUACAAACGGUGACCGAGUCUUAAGAGCGCAAUUAGGAACCACGAAAUACUGUUCGGCAUAUCUGCGGAAUGAAAAUUGCACAAAUAAGAAUUGCAUGUUCUUGCACGAACCAGGCGACAAUGAUGAUAGUUACUCUAGGCAAGAUUUGUCGUCCAUUAACAGCGUGAACUCACAACGACCUCUGCCGACCAAGGCAUCUUCAUCCCGCACUCAAGCUCAAGCAGCACCACCAAUUCAACAAGCACAACCUUUAGCUGCCGCUGCACAACCAAUGGCACGUGAAGGAAGCAAAGAUGAUUCGGACAAUGGAGAUGGCCCCGCUCUCCCAUCAACAGCUAACUGGGCCAAUCGUGGAGUACAGCAGCAACGCAGCAGAAGAGGAAGUCAUGCUACUAGCGCUGCUGCUCCCAGUCCUGCCAUCUCAAAUGCUAUUCCUUCCGCACCUGAAGCUGUCGAAGAAGAAACUCCAGAGCUUGUUGAAGAUCAAGAAGAAUCGUCUGAGGAAGCUAGCCCCAUCGAAGCUCGAGAACCCACCCCUUCGAUUGAAGAUGUGUCGCAUCCUGAAAAGGAAGCUUUUGGCGCCGAACUGCUUAGGUCAAUCAAUUCAGAUGUGCUCAGCUGGGAUGGUCCAAAGAUUCAUGAAGAUGAUCUUGCGUCAUUUCCACCACUCUUCGAUGAUCAUGGUGGAGAAAAGCGUCGUUUGAUGCGCGAGCAACAACAGGAGGAGGAGCGUCUUCACAUGGAGCAGGAAUCGCAGGCUGAUCUUCAAUCUGUACCUGAGCCUGUGGAAGAACAAGAACCGGAGAGUGGUAGUCUACAACUGGGUGGCGAGCCAGAGGAUAACGGACGAGAAAUUAACCAACCUCCUGGAUUUCAACGUCGUCAGAGUUCUCAGCUGCCAAUCCAGCGUGGCUCUACCAACGGGCCGUUUGGCCCAAGUCUUGGACAACAACAAAACUACCAGAAUAUCAGCAAUUUGGGUUCUGUUAAUGGACGAUCGCUCACUCCAUUACAGCAGUCACAACUUUCAAUGUUCAAAUCCCCAUCGGGUGUCCCACCAAGCUUCAUGGACCACAUUUCGUCCCCGGUCGGACUCGGAAAUCCAUUAAACCAGAAUAACGCACUCUUCCAACAACCAGGCCACAACAGACAAUCUUCUCGGUACAGCUUUGCUGGAGAUGGUGCCGCUGGGCCAUCGUCCAUCAAACCUUCUGCCAAUUCCAAGAUGAUGCAACAGCAAGCUUCAAUGAUGCCUCCUUCAAGUCAUCCUCAACAAGGAUUCCAGUCCUUUAAUCCUUCAAUCCCAGCUCCUCCAGGACUUUCGGGUCUGAAGUCCAACACCCCACCUAUUGGCGGAGGGAUGUUUGGCCAAGGCCAUGGAUUUGGUAAUACGAUGGGAGGUGGUUCGGCUUUCGGAGGAGCUAACAAGGAGAACGGUAGUGAGAUGCUUCGUGAAAUUUUGAGGGGUCGUCCUAGUGCUGGCGGCAAUCAGGGUCUUGAUACAAGUAAGCUCGAUCUUGCGGACCCAAGUAUCUUGCAGGCGAGAAUGCAGCAUCAACAACAGAGCAAUGCCGGAGUCGGACAGGGGCUGUUUGGUCAGGCUCAAGAAGAUUCAACUUUCGACGAAAGCAUUUUGCACAGUGUGGACGCUUUGGUAUCAGAUAGUGUACCAGAUGACUCACCCAUGAGAUAUGGUGAAAUGUCUCGAGAGGUAUCUCGAUCGAGCACUCCGGCUUUCCCACCUGGGCUACCAAAUCCCCAUGGACACCCUCCUCCAGCAAUCCGCGAAGAUCCAAUUGGAAAACCCUCCAAGACAAUUUCAGUAGCUGCUCCGUUCACACCAUCGAGACAAGUUAGCAUGGCAUAUCCUCCCCGUAUUGCCACACCACUCGCCAUGUCUCAACCAUCAACACCUUCUCCCGUCAAGUCUAAAGCUUUACCUGCCCCUGCCCCUACCCCUGCCCCUGAGAUAUUAGCGUCUGAAGCACAAACAAAACAUGAAACCAAAGGCAUUUCCUCUAGUAUGUUGAAAGAUACAGCAGCUCAGUCUAGUACAGUGCCUGUAGUUCCAACAACUCCUUCACACCCUGCAGCAACCACUCCGGCAACUCCAACGCCUUACUCCACCGAUGAUUUUCCAGCCCUCGGGACACAGAAGGAAACAAAACCUGCACCGAAGAAAGUAUCAAAAUCAGUUGCCUCCUCUUCCAAGGCGCCAUCUACAUCAAGAAUCUCGAAUGCACAGAAAGGUACAAAGGCAAGCGAGCAGAAAACAGCGCCAUCUGUUUUGACUAUUUCAGCUUCCACGAAUCCUACUACUAAUAUAGUGGACACCAUUGAGAAGCCCAGUCAAAAUGUUGCUCCAACGUCAGAUUUUCCCUCGCUACCAGUGUCAGCGGUAUCAGCAGUGAGACCUCCCUACAUUCAUAAAGUUUUGACUAUUAAUUCUUCGGCACUAAAGGGCGAGACGGUUACAAUGGGAAGCCCUGCUCCAACUUCGGCAACAUCCGUAGCUCCGUACCCCGCACAUUUUCCUGAUACUACGAGUGAGCAUGACAAUGCGUCCCUUAUGUCCGCAACAGCUUCGAGAGCGAGCUCACCUGGUCCGUCCAGGAAUGGACAGCCGCGACCCACUCGCAACACGGCAAAGACAAAAAGGGAUAAGGCUGCGAAGAAGGAACAGGCUCUGGAAGAUCAAAUGGCAGCUGCAGCUGAAGCCAAGAAAGUUGGAGAACAAGAGCCAAUCAUGGGCAGAAAGACAAAGAAGAGGGAUAGGCCGAAUGCUAAAAGUGCCCCUAGUGCUCCUACCUCGGCGCCUAGCAGACCACCAUCACCUCCGCCCGUCGUGGUUGCCCGUGAAGAGAGUAAGCCUGCAGAACCUAUUGUACCAGAAAAGCAUGUCUCAACUAGCAGUGACAAACCUGUCAAUAAAAGUGAGGGAAAGGGCAAGAAUAAGGCAAAGGGGCAACAACCUACACCUCUACCCGAGGCACCAAAGGUUUCUGUGGUCGAAAAUGAGGAAAUUGUAGAAAAGCGUACAGGUCCAAGCCCAGCCAGCCUUGCCCCCUUUGUCUCAAAUUUAUCUGAGAUAUUGAAAACCCCGCCUGGUAUCAGUAAUGAGAGGAAGAGAGAGAAGGAUAAUUUUGGACCAGCUUUCGCCGAAGCGCUUGCAAAACUUGAUGUAAGUCCUGAGGAACGAGCCGAGUUGAACGCAGGAAACACUGUUCACAAGAUUGCCUCGGGAUCGAUCCGGAUCAUGUUGACACCCAAUGGGGAUUGUGUUCGCAAUCUCACUCCUGAUGAAGAGAAGCGAUACUUGGAGCUCCAAGCGAGAAUUGCAGCCAAUGCUGGUCCUACUGCAUUUGUUUCCGGACUGCAAAACACAGGCGUUGGAUUCAAUUUGGUUGGCGGUCGCGCGGUUCCAAAUGGACCUGCUUCAUAUUUCCCCACAUCCAUGUCCACCGGCAAUACUACACCUAUGGAUGCGGUCAGCAAGAUUCAGCGUGAUGAAGCUUUAAAUUACAUUAACCAAUAUGUUCUACCAUCUCUCUCUAACAACCCCCAGUUAGAAAAGGCACUUAGUGCGAAUGUUCUGGCGGGUGACACUGCACUUCAAGGGAGCGAGACUUCCAGCUGGUCCCCCUUGAAUGGAAAUUAUCACGCUCAAGACUUUCAUGACAUGGACCUCAAUGAUAGGGUUGCAAACUAUACUGCGGGUUUUGCGGGGCAUCGAAAUUCUGAUGAUGGACGACAGGAUCGAAAUGUUCAAUUACUAACUGAAAAGGAGUCAGAGUCUGCAAUGCAAAUCGCAAAGAAGGAGACCCAAGAAUUGGAGAAAAGACUUCUAGCUGUGUUGAAGAAAAACAGAAAGUUGUUGACAGGUCAUUGAAUAGAAUGUUCUUGUGGAAAGGGGAGACCGGUUGUUUCAGAGCAACGUUUUCACUUGUGAGAGGCCCGCCUGUUCACCAUUUAACAUAAUGGGACUGAGAACUCGAGCGGAGAACAUGGUGGAAAGGAUGAUGAAAUAACGACGAUGCAAUGAAUUGUAAGAUUAUUAUGUGUGUGUUUAUCACUGUAUUGAUACUUGUAUGGAUUAUAGGAUGGACGUGUGGGUUCACGCCGCAGUGGAAGAGCACUGAUUGUGAAGGAUUUAUGGAAGAUGGAAAGGGCGCAAGUCAUACACCACAAGCAUUGAUUGCUUCUAGCGUGAUUUUCAAGAUCUCAAAGAUCGAUAGCGAUACCUUUUCACUGUUGUAUCAUAGCACAGUAUACCACACUUAUUAGCAUAGCAACCGACCGUGGAAUUUCUAUAUAGCA